GCAUAUCAUUGCCAUUCCAAAACUCACAGGUCCUAGCCUUUUUUGCUAGAUGAUCAGCUACUCCAUUGAGGUCUCUACCAACAUGAGUACAAACCCAAGAGGUAAAAUUCCCUCGGAAUACAUAAUCCUAGCCGCUGUUUGAAAUGGUCGAUGAUUGAUUAUUUAAGGUGAGUUUUUCUCGCACCCGUGGGUGAACAAAAUCUGACUCGAGUUCAGAUCUUCAUUCAUAUAGUUCCAACGUAAGAGCUUUCUUCUUCUUUCUCUCGUCCUCCAUUCUAAUCAGAUCCGUCUGAAGAUAAACUUUAAACCGCAUCGCAGAUCAGAAAAUUUCAUUUUCAGAAAGCCAUUAACACCAGGUUUUUGUUUGAGAGAGAGAUACAAUGGCUACGAUGGAUGAGCCACUGUAUCCAAUAGCAAUAUUGAUAGAUGAGUUAAAAAACGAAGAUAUUCAGCUUAGGUUAAACUCGAUACGUAGGCUAUCAACCAUUGCACGGGCAUUAGGCGAAGAAAGAACGCGAAAAGAAUUGAUACCAUUCCUUAGUGAAAAUAAUGAUGAUGAUGAUGAAGUGUUACUUGCAAUGGCUGAAGAAUUGGGUGUUUUUAUACCGUAUGUUGGUGGUAUUGAUUAUGCAAAUGUGUUGUUGCCACCAUUGGAGACACUUUGUACUGUUGAAGAAACUUGUGUUAGGGACAAAGCUGUUGAGUCAUUAUGUCGAAUUGGUGCUCAAAUGAAGGAGUCUGACUUGGUCGAUUCAUUUGUUCCUCUUGUCAAGAGACUGGCAGCUGGUGAGUGGUUUACAGCUAGGGUUUCAUCAUGUGGACUGUUUCACAUUGCUUAUCCCAGUGCCCCAGAGGUUAUGAAGACAGAAUUGAGGACUAUAUACAGUCAAUUGUGUCAGGAUGACAUGCCUAUGGUGCGAAGAUCUGCCGCAUCAAACUUGGGAAAGUUUGCUGCUACUGUUGAAUCUGCCCAUCUGAAGACAGAUAUCAUGUCGAUUUUCGAUGAUCUGACUCAGGAUGAUCAAGAUUCUGUUCGGUUAUUGGCCGUGGAGGGUUGUGCAGCACUUGGAAAGUUGUUGGAAGUGCAAGACUGUGUGACACAUAUCCUCCCCGUCGUCGUGAAUUUCUCGCAGGAUAAAUCUUGGCGUGUUCGUUACAUGGUGGCAAAUCAAUUGUACGAGCUUUGUGAAGCUAUGGGACCUGAGCCUACCAGGGUGGACUUGGUUCCUGCAUACGUGCGUCUGCUUCGUGAUAAUGAGGCAGAAGUACGAAUUGCAGCUGCUGGAAAAGUAACCAAGUUUUGCAGAAUCUUGAACCCACAACUUGCAAUUCAGCACAUUCUUCCCUGUGUGAAGGAGUUGUCUACAGACUCUUCUCAGCAUGUGCGCUCUGCCUUGGCCUCAGUGAUAAUGGGAAUGGCACCAGUCUUGGGGAAGGAUGCAACGAUUGAGCAACUUUUACCUAUAUUUCUUUCUUUACUGAAAGACGAAUUCCCUGAUGUUAGGCUCAAUAUCAUCAGCAAGCUUGACCAAGUGAACCAGGUGAUUGGAAUUGAUCUAUUGUCACAGUCGUUGUUACCUGCUAUUGUUGAGCUAGCAGAGGAUAGACAUUGGAGAGUUAGACUUGCAAUAAUAGAGUACAUACCUCUAUUGGCAAGCCAAUUGGGUGUUGGAUUCUUUGAUGACAAGCUAGGUGCUCUAUGCAUGCAGUGGCUGGAAGACAAGGUGUAUUCUAUUCGAGAUGCUGCUGCUAAUAACUUGAAGCGCCUUGCAGAAGAGUUCGGCCCUGAAUGGGCAAUGCAGCACAUAGUUCCACAGGUACUCGAGAUGAUUAAUAAUCCACACUAUUUGUACCGGAUGACUAUUUUACAAGCAAUUUCUCUUCUAGCCCCUGUCAUGGGGUCAGAAAUUACAUGCUCAAAGCUGCUUCCUAUUGCAAUCAAUGCAUCAAAAGAUAGAGUACCAAACAUCAAAUUCAACGUUGCGAAGGUCUUGCAGUCGCUCAUUCCCAUAGUUGAUCAAUCUGUGGUCGAGCAGACAAUACGUCCCUGCUUGGUUGAACUCGGUGAGGACCCUGAUGUGGAUGUCAGGUUUUUUGCCAGCCAAGCACUUCAAGCUAGUGAUCAAGUCAUGAUGUCUAACUAAGCACACUUCUCACUCGAUAUAUUAAUAUUUUCUGCUUUUGGUCCCUCUUUUCUUUUUCCCCUUCUUGUUUUUUUCCUCCUUUUUUCGUCAUGUUUGUGUGCGUUAAUAUUUUCAUAUUUGUAUGAUUACUAACCUGUACGCACUUGUAAUUAGCAUCAUUUGACGCUAAAUGUUAUAUUAGAUUUCCCAACAGUUCGUGUGCA